GAUCGACUCAUCAGAUAGGAGCAAAAAAAGAACGACGUUAUGAUGGAAGAAUUACUUAAUAUUUGUUGUUCAACUAUUGACGCUGGAGCAAGUAGUUUCAGAGAUAUUGGCCAAGAAAUAUGGAGGAAUCCAGAAUUAGGUUUGGAAGAGUUUCAUGCCCACAAGAUUCUGUGUAACUUCUUUCGCGAGAGAGGAUUCACGGUAGACGAAUUCCUUGGCCCCACAGGAUUUCGAGCUUCGUACGGAAGUACGGACAGGGGUGAUGGGGCUUCCAGCCCGUCAGGGGUUCACGUGUGUCUGAUGGCUGAGUACGACGCGCUUCCAGAGCUUGGUCAUGCUACAGCUCAUAAUUUAGUUUCAGAGGCUUGUGUUGCUACAGCUAUGGGCCUAAAAGCAGCUAUUGACAAGAAAGGAACUUUAGGAAAGGUGACUGUUCUCGGAUCCCCGGACUCGGAAGGCAACGGAAAGAAGAUGGAGGCGAUCAAGGAUGGCUUUUUCAAGGACGUUGACCUUGCUGUGACCUUCAUCCCAUUUACCUGCCAUGUCGCCAAGCCAGUCAUGCUGACCAUCAUGAGGGAAACUAUUAGCUUCAAGGGCAAGGCAGCUCAUGCUUCCACUUGUCCCUGGGACGGAAGGAACGCUCUGGAUGCAGCCAUCUUGUGCUACAAUAACAUCUCAUUACUGAGACAGCAGCUCAAGCCAUACAUGCAGAUCCAUUGCAUCAUUACCAAUGGAGGAUUAAAACCCAACAUCAUCCCAGAGAAAACCGAGAUGAAGUUCUACCUGCGUGCUCCCGACCACAUCGAAAUGGCCCACCUACAGCAGCGAGCUGAUGCAGCUUUCAAGGCAGCUGCCAGAGCCACUGGAUGCGAGCUAGAAAUAGCCUUUACCCCGACACCCUACUCCAACCUAUGCAACAGCCCCAAGCUCGCCGCUCUGUAUCAGGAAGAAGCCGAAGGACUAGGCUGCACAUUCAGUACCAACGAGGAGACCAGUACGAGACUAGUCGGGUCGUCAGACUCGGGCAACGUGUCACAUGUGGUACCGACCAUCGCACCGGCCUACGACAUUGCGAUUGCUGCCAGUGCCACCAACACCCAGUCCUUUGCAGAGCUGGCAGGGACGGAGGAAGCACACAAUCAGACCAUGGUGGCCUCAAAGGCAAUGUGUAAGGCGUUGUUAAAAGCAAUGUUAGAUCCGGCUAUCUUAGCGGGUAUAAAGAGUGACUUUGAGAAAGAUUCUUGUGCUGCUUCUUUGACAGAAUGGUCUUGAGAUUGAAUGCUUUUUGAGGCGGGUACUAAUUUCUUGUCAUGCUUGACGAUGCAGCGUGCUUGGCCCUAAUUAUUGACCAUUCUCAAAUGAUUGCUUGAAUGAUGCCAUUGUGGGCUGAAUUGCAUGAAAUUAUUUUUCUAUUUAUACUAUCCUCCAAAUUGUCUUCUUUGUGUCCUUCUUCCUUCUGUUCUAUCUCUUUAAUUGUUUCCUGCCCCAAUCAUCUUAGUUAUCCUGUUGACUUAAACUAUUGCCUUCCUAUAUUCUCUUUAUUUCUGAGAAUGUAACAAAAACCCUACAUUUUUUACACCGUCAAUCUGAAAAGGUGACCCCCCCCCCUCCUUUAUCAAGCCCACCUGAAUGCACCAUGAAAACAAUGUUUCUGGUGGUUGGUAAUUUGGGCCCAGCUCACUGCAGUAAAAGUUUUAUUUGUAAACUCAGUUUGUGAUAUUGGUUGCAGUUCAUUAUUAGCAGGGCUCAGUGCUGCCAAGUCUUAGAAAACAAUACUCGAGGGGGUUCUUCACAAUGAGUUACUCAUGAUCUGACUAUUAUAGUAUUAAUUAUGUUACAUACCACCACUCAAAAA